GCGCCGAAAGCCCACUCCGACAGGCGCGAGGGUGGCGCCGCCGUGGCGAAGGCGACCAGCUCGCCCGCGAAGCGGCCCAGCUUGCCCCCUUUGCCGAUCAAGAGUGCGAUUCUAGAGCCCGCCCUGGCCGGGUCCCUCGAGGACGAGGUGCUUCGGCGGCAGAAGGCAGAGGCAGAGGCCGCGGCGCUACAGGGCCAACUGGGCCAGGCUCGCGAGGGCAGCCGGGAGCUCGGGCAGCAGUUGGAGGCCGCGGCAGCUGAGGUCGGGCCUGGCGACGCCCACUCGGUGUGCGCGUUUCUGUCGAUGAUCUCGGAGCUGGAGGCCCAGCUGAGCCAUGAGCGGUGGAAAAGGCAUGCCCUCGAGGCGCGCCUGCUGGAGGCCACGCUGCAUCGGACCAGUGUUCCUACCCCGCGGAUGAGCCCGCGCGUCGAUCUCUCGGAGCUGAUCGGCAAGGACCGCGAGAUCUGCACCCUUCAGGAGCAGCUGGCCCAGGAGAUAUCCAGGAGCGCUGCGCUCCAGUCGCGCCUGGCGGUCUGUGGGCCUUCGCCGAGGCGGGCCUCGUUCGACCUGGCUUCGCCCAGGCAGGGCACAGCAACGACGCCGCGCUGGCAGACACCAACCCCUUCGCCGAGGCGGGCCUCGUUCGACCUGGCUUCGCCCAGGCAGGGCACAGCAACGACGCCGCGCUGGCAGACACCAACCCGAGUGCAGUCGCCGCACCAUCGCCCACGCUCGCCUCGACGCCCUCUGAGAUCACCUCGUCGGCGCCCAGCUCCCCGGCGCCCUGCCUCCGGGAGCAGCCGGUGCCGCCGUGCCGAGGGGGGCCGCGGCGAAUGCCGUGCGGCGCUGCGCCCCCCCUGUUCGCAAGGGCGGGCUCGACGAAGGGACCCGGACACCCUGGCACGCGCCCAGUAUGGUUGGACGAGUUAUCCAAGGAAGGCAUGGUUACGCUCGUUCCCGCAAGAUGCUUCAGCCCGAGGGGCGCCGUGCAUGCAGAGGCGCUGGGCCCGGGCCUUGCCAGGCGCCUCGGCGCUAGUUAGUGUAGGCGCUAUGAUCGUUCGAAUCGUGCGGGGAAAGCUGGUCCAUCGCUUGGCCACAUGCUGCUCAUUUUUUUAA